UCAAUAAAACUUUGUCCACUGAGACACAGAGCUUUCAGCACACAAGCUGUCUGUCUCAAAAUGGGGUCUUGCAAAGAUAUCUUUGUGUUACUUUUAUUUCUCUACACAGUUCAAGGAGAUAUACUGGAUAACUAUGUACAGACCAAUGGAGCUUGGUUAAUUGGUCUUAAAAAAAACACCUAUAGAACUCGCAGUAAAGAAGAAUGUGCUGAGAAAUGUGAAGCUGAAACAGCAUUUACCUGCAGAUCUUUUAUAUUUGCCAUCAAACAGCAAAAGUGUGAUACCUUUCUUGACAACACCAAAACAACACUUGUGUUGAGAAGGGCAGAUGUAAUUCUCUUUGAAAAAAGAAUUUUUCUACUUGAAUGCAGAAGAGGAAAUGGACACGACUACCGAGGAACUGAAUCUAAAACUCAGACUGGUGUAUCAUGCCAGCGUUGGGCAGAUGAGAGUCCUCAUGUACCUAAUUUCUCACCUAAAAAUUACCCCAAUGCUUCAUUAGAAGAAAACUACUGUCGGAAUCCUGAAAAUGGUGAGAAAGGCCCCUGGUGCUACACAACAGAUCCAGGAACCAGAUAUGAUUAUUGCAAUAUCCCAGAAUGUGAAGAACAGUGCAUGUACUGCAGUGGGGAAAACUAUCAAGGCAAAGUUUCCCAAACAGAAUCUGGGCUUCAGUGCCAGGCUUGGGCUUCUCAAGAACCUCACUCUCAUGGAUACAUCCCUUCAAAUUUUCCAGAAAAGAAUCUCAUGUCAAAUUACUGCCGUAAUCCCGAUGGCGAGCCUCGUCCUUGGUGUUUUACCAUCAGCCCGACUAAACGCUGGGAAUUCUGUAACAUUCCACGGUGCACUUCACCCCCACCAGACCCCACCCCAGGGCGCCAGUGUCUUGCAGGAAGGGGAGAAGACUAUCGAGGGACUGUUGCCCUCACGGCGUCGGGAGAAAGAUGUCAACCCUGGGCAGCCCAAGCACCUCACAAACAUGCAAGAACUCCCGAAAACUACCCUUGCAAAAAUUUAGAAGAAAAUUAUUGUAGAAAUCCUGAUGGAGAGACCAGCCCUUGGUGCUACACCACUAAUCCCAAGAAACGAUGGGAGUACUGCAAUAUUUCUAGCUGUGAUGCAGCAGUAGUUACUGCUGCAGCUCCUGUUAUUCCUGUGCAAACUAUAAUGAUCGAAGACUGUUAUCGGGGCACUGGCAGCGAUUACCGGGGUACCACAGUACUGACUGUCUCAGGCAAGAAAUGCCAAGCAUGGAGCUCUAUGACACCCCAUCGUCACACUAAAACCCCAUCUGCAUUCCCAGAUGCUGACCUGAGGAAAAACUACUGCAGAAACCCGGAUAAUGAUGAUAAAGGCCCCUGGUGUUACACUACUGAUCCCAGUACAAGAUGGGAGUACUGCAAUCUGCGAAAGUGUGUUGAUACUGUGCAACAACAACGACCACAACAACAACAGCCUACAUUGGCCCCAAACCUUGGCUGCAGGUUGGGAAAAGGUGGGGAGUAUCGUGGAAAGAUUGCCUCAACAACAAGUGGCAAGACUUGCCAAGAGUGGCGUUUGCAGACACCUCAUAGGCACGAUUCCUUCACGCCACAGACUCACCCACGUUCAGGACUGGAAAGAAAUCAUUGCAGAAAUCCUGAUGGUGAUAUUAAUGGCCCCUGGUGCUAUACCACAGACCCAGACACACCCUGGGAAUACUGUGACAUCCCAAAGUGCCCUGCUCCUGAAUAUGAGUGUGGAAAAUCCAAGUAUACACCAAACCUGUGUACUGGAAGGAUUGUUGGUGGAUGUGUUUCAAAGCCUCAUUCUUGGCCCUGGCAGGCCAGUGUGCGAACAAGUUUCAAUGCGCACUUCUGUGGAGGCACAGUGGUACAUCCACAGUGGGUUGUGACGGCAACUCACUGCUUAUCCCGAUCAUCAAGACCUUCUUCUUACAAAGUGGUGGUUGGCUUACACAAAGAGAGGGCUCCAGAGCAAUCCGCACAACACCGAAACGUUGAAAAAAUGUUCAAAGAACCAAGUGGGGCAGACCUUGCUCUGCUGAAACUGAGCAGCCCUCUACUGAUCACCAAUGAGGUAAUUCCAGCAUGUUUGCCUCCAGUCAAUUCAGUGGUACCAGGCGGAUCAGAAUGCUUUGUCACCGGUUGGGGUGAUACAAAAGGAACUGGUGGAGAUGGCUUUCUUAAAGAGACUGGCUUCCCUGUAAUUGAAAAUAAAGUGUGUAAUCGGCCUGAAUUCCUGAAUGGGAGAGUCAGAACCACCGAACUCUGUGCUGGUAAUAUUGAUGGUGGAACCGACAGUUGUCAGGGCGACAGUGGAGGGCCUCUGGUUUGCGAAGAACAAGGAAGAUAUGUCCUUCACGGAGUCACUUCUUGGGGACUUGGCUGUGCUGAGCCCAUGAAGCCUGGUGUUUAUCUCAGAACUUCUAGGUAUAUUACAUGGAUAAAUAGUACAAUAGAGAGCCAAUGAUCUCAUGUUGGAAGCAACACACACAAUCACACAAAAGGGAUCCAGAGUGCAAUGUAAUGAAAUGAUUUACAUGAAUGUAAAAUAAAUACGUACAAGCACCACAA